GCCAAGGCUAAGGGGCUGGGUGGCGCCGGGUCACUUAUGUAACCUGUGGGCAUAUAUAGGGGUACACAGGCCUGAGGACCUGCCCACUUGCCGGCUCUGCACGGUCUCAGGAUGGAGGUGAUUGUGGGCCCAGACCCUUCUCUGGUCUACCGGCCUGAUGUGGACCCAGAGAGAGCCAAAGAGAAGGGCAGCUUCCGUGACUACACUUCUGGCCCUCUCCUGGACCGUGUCUUCACCACCUACAAGCUCAUGCACACUUGGCAGACUGUGGACUUCGUCAGGAAGAAGCAUGCCCAGUUUGGGGGCUUCUCCUACAAGAAAAUGACUGUCCUAGAAGCUGUGGACAUGCUGAAUGGGCUGGUGGAUGAGUCGGACCCAGAUGUGGACUUCCCCAACUCUUUCCAUGCCUUCCAGACUGCAGAGGGCAUCCGGAAAGCCCACCCUGACAAGGUCUGCCCUGCUCUCUCUUUCCCAGACUGGUUCCACCUUGUGGGGCUCCUGCAUGACCUGGGGAAGGUCCUGGCUCUGGCAGGGGAGCCCCAGUGGGCAGUCGUUGGAGACACCUUUCCGGUCGGCUGCCGUCCCCAGGCCUCCGUGGUUUUCUGUGACUCCACCUUCCAGGACAACCCUGACCUCCAGGAUCCUCGAUACAGCACAGAGCUCGGCAUGUAUCAGCCACACUGCGGGCUCAAGAACGUCCUGAUGUCGUGGGGCCAUGACGAGUACAUGUACCAGGUGAUGAAGUUCAACAAGUUCUCCCUCCCUCAAGAGGCCUUCUACAUGAUCCGAUUCCACUCCUUCUACCCAUGGCACACGGGCGGUGACUACAUGCAGCUCUGCAGCGAGCAGGACCUGGCCAUCCUGCCCUGGGUGCAGGAGUUCAACAAGUUUGACCUCUACACCAAGUGCCCCGACCUGCCGGACGUGGACAAGCUGCGGCCCUACUACCAGGGGCUCAUCGACAAGUACUGCCCUGGUGUCCUGAGCUGGUGACCAGCCUGCCCUCCUGGCCCAGGCCAGGCCCACUGCCCCAGGGUGACAGCCCUGUCAGUGCAGUGAUGACUUGUCCCCCAGCCUUGCUGGGAGACCCCAUAGCCCUCUUACGGCCAGCACUGGCCGCUCUGGCGGCCUCUCUGCCCAGUGACAAUAAAGGCCUUGAAGCAGC